AUGGAUGGUUUAUUAUUAAUACUUUUAUCCUGGUUUGUUGUCUCUUUAAUUUGUUAUUUUUUUAUUCUUCGUUAUAAUCGAAGAAGGCAAAGUAUUACUACAACAAUUAAUAAUAACAAUAGAGGACAUCAAAAUGAGGGAAAUGAAAGGUAGAAAAUAUUUAGGGAAAAAUCUUUUGUUAAUUAAAAAUAUUGUUGGAGGGAUGAUUCUUAU